AUGGAUAUUCCUAUAUUAAGGAUAAUGUUGUUGAUCAUCCAAGUUGUCUCAAUUACUCAAACAGUCGCCCAAGUUAGUCUGGGAUGUAACCACGAGUAUGAUAAUAUUAAUUUUAUUUACAACAUAAACUGCACAGGAAAUAUGGAUCCUUAUGUUCAAAACUUUGCAGAAUUACAUACAUACAGGAAUUGCCCCAGUUGUAUAUAUUAUAAUGGAAUGCAUUUGACACCAGUUCAUAUAGUUUACAGAAGAAUAUUACAAGAUAACAAUUAUGAUGAGCAAAUAUCUAUUGGGAAUGAUCCCAACAACUAUGUCACAAAAGCAAUUGUUCAACUCGAUUUAAGUUACAAUCAACUUAAACUUCACCCAACAUUAAAUUCUAUGCCAUACUUGAAGGUUUUGAAUAUAUCUCAUAAUAAUUUGAUUGUUGCUACAUUAUCGAACAAUAUGAAAUUUAAAUACUUAACUUCUGUCGAUUUCUCAUAUAAUAUAAUUAGGUUAAUUGAAGUUAACCAGGCCGAGUACGCUUAUGUUGAAUUAAUUGACCUUGAUUUAUCUCACAAUUUAAUAGAAGAAAUACCAGAAUCAAUAUUUCAUUCGUUUUCUAAAAUGCGAUAUUUAAAUUUAAGAAAUAAUCGUUUGCACACUUUAAAUAUACUAUUUUUUGAAGGAAUUAAUAACUUACAAAAUUUACAGCUUGGUUAUAAUGAAAUAAUCGAUAUGAACUCAUCCUUUUUAAGGUUUAAAUAUCUGCAGGAAUUAUCUCUUGAACAUAAUAGAAUCGAAAGAAUUUUGAGUCGAGAUUUUCAAAACUUUUUUAACCUGAAUAAAUUAGACUUGAGUAAUAAUAACAUAUCGAAUAUAGAAAAGGGUAGCUUUGAUAAAAUGACUUUUCUGAAUACAUUAGAUUUAAGUGAUAACGUUUUAUUUGCUAUUGAUAAAGAGGUAUUCAAUAACACACGUAAUUUACAGUACGUUGACUUAUCAAGAAAUAAGCUAAAACAUCUACCAAAAGAAUUGUUUAAAGCUAAAAAUAUGUCAUUCUUUUCUAUACAAGAUAACAUUAUAGAAGGCGAACUUGUUUCAGGAAUGUUCAUUGGUCUUAGCAACAUCAUUGAGCUUGACAUAUCGAAUCAAUAUUUAACGUCUAUUGAAGACAAUGCAUUUUUGGGUUUAGACAAUCUAGAAAAGUUGUUACUGAAUGAUAAUGAAAUUAAAAGUUUAUCCAACAAGUCAUUUGGAUAUUUAAGAAACGUAAAAAUAAUCGAUCUUUCGAAUAAUAAACUCACUAAGAUAAAUUUUGAUAAAAUCGACCUAUUGAAUUUGCAAUCCCUAUCUUUAAGAAAUAAUCAGCUGAAAGAUAUAAAACAGGAAGAUUUUAAUAAAUUAAAUCAUCUCCAAUUUUUGGACUUAUCAAACAACAAUAUUUCAAAAAUAGAAAGAAGUUCAUUCAAAGAACUACAAGAAUUAGAGAGAUUUGAAAUAUUAAAUAAUCCACUAUUAACUUUUUUGGAUUCAAAUACAUUUGACGGGUUAGUUUUAUUACCAAGUCUUGAUAUUUCUCUCUGCAAUCUAACAACAAUUAAAAACAACACAUUUGAAAACAUGAGGUCUUUAAAAUAUCUUAAUAUCUCCCACAGUUCAAUUAAAGAACUUGAAUUUCAUUCUUUUUUUCAAACUGGACGCAUAGAGAUAAUUGACUUGUCGUAUAAUAAACUUACGAAUUUUGUUGUAAAUGCAACUGAUUUACAAACUUUACGAAUACUUUCUUUAAAUAAUAAUUUAUUGACUGAAAUUUCUUCUAAUUUACUUCAAAAUUUCCCUAAUCUUUUCAAAGUAACAUUUUCUCAUAAUCGGCUGCAUGAAAUUCAUAAUAAGGCAUUCCUAGGACACAAAUCAAUACAUCACAUAGAUUUAUCAUUUAAUCCUAUUAUAACCUUAAAACUGAUAGUUUUUGCCGCAUUAAACAAUUUACGCAGUCUUAAUCUUUCGGGAGUCGUGAGUAAUAUAAAUUUCAAUGAUAUGAAUAAUACUGUGCUCACAGAUUUAGAGUUAUCCUACGCGCGAAUACCAAAUAUAACUAUUCUACAUCUUAAUAUCCUAAAAAACUUAGAAAGGUUGAAAAUAAAUAACAAUAUAAUAUCAGAAAUCGAUAAAAACGCAUUUUUUAACGUGAGCUGCUUACAGUACCUUGAUUUAAGUUACAAUAUGAUAAAAUACGUUCAGCCUGGUGCCUUCAAAAGUAAUUAUGGAUUGAAAUUUUUAAAUAUGUCUCAUAAUUUUCUCGCCAACAUUAAUUAUGGAAUAUUUCAUGGGUUAAUAAGUUUAAAUAUUUUGGAUUUAUCAUUCAAUCAAAUUGAAAGCUUGGACUUGGAGUAUGAUAAAAUUAUGGGAGCAGAAAAUUUAAGCACUUUAAUAGUCGACAACAACAAAAUAAGUAACAUCAAUAUACCAUUUUCCCACACUCAUUUACCGAAGUUAAGUAUAGGAGAUAAUCCUAUAUCGUGUAGAAAAAUUCUUGAAUUAGUACAAUAUAGGUAUAUUGAAAUAACGGCAAUAAGACCAGAUGUACACAGUGAAAACAUAAAAGGUAUAACAUGCAAUAAUCAGUAUACAUCAACAAGAGACACAUUGUCUACAAAAGAAGAAACUAACUCCGUGAAAAUUCUAAAUGAAUUAAGGGGCAUCUUGAUAAAUUCCAGUACAUCAAAAACAUAUGAACCUGUAAUAUUUGACGGUAAAAACGAUUUUGCUAAUAUUAGUGAACGAAUUCAAAUAUACAAUAAUAAUGUCAUGAAUCAAUUAUCACGUCUUAAUGAUGCUGCGCUAUCAAUUGAUAAAGAUAGUAAUCGUACUAACUCUUUGCUGGAAAGAAUUUUAAAAGUGAUAGUUACAGUGCACACUACAAUAAAGCCCUCCGUAAGUCCUUUAGUUAAAAAUAAUGCCACUUUUGAUAAUAUUAUUUCACAUAUAAAUCAAAUAAAGCAAGAAUUGCAGAAUGAUUUAGGUUUUCAAAAAGAAAGCAUUAUGUCUGAGAUCGAUAGUAAGAUAUCGCUAGCUAUGGCUUCAAAAGAACCUAUUAAAGAGAAAUUAUCUACCCCUGAAGGGAGUUUAGCUACACAAAAUAAAUUCAACUUUAUUGAGAUCUGUGUUUCUUUGACUUUAACAAUAUUAAUAGCUUUGUUAUUAUUUAUUGCUUAUAAACGCUAUAAUGGAAGUUGUACAUCAUGGCGUUCUACAUCGUUUAGUAGGCAACACAUUGCGGAAUCAUUGGAAAAUUCAAACUUGUAA